ACCCUUUCCUCUGCGCAGCAGCCAGCACAUAUCUCAUGGGCGGUAUUUCUCCGGUUACCGGAGGUGCUGAUGCACCGCUACUUCCAAAGAGCAAGUUGUCAGCGAAACACGCAUCAGUUUCUGGAGCCGUGUUUAAUGUCUCCACGAGUAUUAUUGGUGCCGGGAUUAUGUCAAUUCCGGCCACCACCAAGGUGCUCGGUGUGGUUCCGGCGUUUCUGUUGAUCGUGGCUGUUGCUUGGCUGGCUGACAUCUCGGUGGAGUUUUUAUUGAGGUUUACUCAUGCCGGAGACUCCACGACGUACGGUGGUCUCAUGAAGGAGUCAUUCGGGCAGGUGGGAUCGGUUCUGGUGCAGAUUUGUGUCAUCGUCACCACUCUGGGUUGCUUGAUUGUUUUCUUGAUCAUCAUUGGGGAUGUUCUUACCGGAAACCAGCACGGAGAAUCGAUUCACCUGGGUGUUUUGCAAGAAUGGUUCGGAAUUCACUGGUGGUGCUCACGUCCGUUUGCUCUGCUUUUCAUUGUAGUCUUCGUUUUAUUUCCGCUGGUUUUGUUCCGGCGAGUAGAGUCUCUCAGGUUCACAUCUGCAGUAUCAGUUUUUCUCGCCGUGGUGUUUGUCGGAAUAAGUUCAGUGAUGGCCAUUGCUGCACUCAUAGAAGGGAAAGCAAAGAACCCAAAACUCCUACCAGAUGACAAAACCUCUGUCUUCGAUCUCUUCACUGCGGUCCCCGUAAUUGUGACAGCUUUCACGUUCCAUUUUAAUGUUCAUCCAAUUGGGUUUGAGAUGGAGAAACCUUCUGAUAUGACUACAGCAGUCAAAAUUUCUCUGGUACUGUGUGCUGCCAUCUACUUCGCCAUAGGAGUUUUUGGAUACCUACUCUUUGGAGAAGAAGUCAUGUCGGAUAUACUUGUAAAUUUUGAUCAUAUUUCUUCUCCGAUGGGGUCAUUACUCAAUGAUGUAGUGAGGUUAAGCUAUGCCUUCCACAUCAUGCUGGUUUUUCCUCUCUUGAACUUCUCAUUGAGGUCAAAUAUUGACGAAUUCAUCUUCCCCCACAAGCCUCUUCUGGCAAAGGACAACACCAGAUUUCUGUCCCUGACUCUUUUCCUCCUAGCCGUAUGUUACCUUGCAGCCAUUGCCAUCCCCAACAUCUGGUACUUUUUUCAAUUCGUAGGAUCAACCACGGUGGUCUCUCUAGCCUUCAUCUUCCCCGCCGCGAUUGUUCUAAGGGAUGUUCAUGGGAUAUCGACUACUAGGGAUAGGGUAGUGGCAGCAACAAUGUUGGUUCUGGCUGUGGUAACGAGCACGAUUGCCAUUUCCACCAACAUAUAUAAUUAUGUAGUUUGAGUAGAGGAAAGAACGCAUGGCUUCUUCAGUAAAUUAUAUGCUUGAAUGAAUGCUUCCGCUGUAUCAUCCCUAAAAAGGUUAUUGAUCUGUUUAAGUGUGCCAGAGAACAAAAAUGUAUUCAUAAAUUGAUUCGUAUAGU